GGUAAAUAAAAUAAAAAAAGUAAACUUGAAAUGUGCAGUAAACUGAGUGUCUUGGAAUGAGGAAGUAAACAACAGAUCAGCUGAAGUGAAACUCUGCUACAGUAGGUGAGGGAGACGGGUCUGAUGCACACUGUAGAUGUUUCCUGAAUCAGUACGACAUCCGGAAGCAGCAGCAGAGUGAGACCUCCUCGCUUCUGCUGCCUCUCUGCUCUUUGUUUUUAGGAAACGUGUCCUUACAGAGACUCCAGCAGCGUUUGUUGUAGAUGAAUGAGAAAGACACAGCUCCAGCUCUCCACUGAAGCCCGACUCUGAACAAACAUGUCUGAGGCUGAACCGGUCUCGGUCCCGGAGGCCGCCGCCGCCGUCCUGGAAGCCCUGAACGCCACGGACUCGAACGGGACCGAGGCGCUCAACGCGACGGUUAAAUUCGUGGCCACACCGGAGGGCACGGCGCUGGCUUACGGCGGCCUGGUGUUCAUGGCGCUGCUGCCCAUCUUCUUCGGAGCCAUACGGUCCGUCAGCUGCUCUAAAUCCAAGGAGCUUGGAGACAAUGAUUACGACUCUGGGUUCAGA